UCCGGACUUGACGAUGUGGAUGAAUCCAGGACUGUGUGCGGUGCUGUUAGCGGCUCUCUGCGAUGCUCAGCAGUUCCUCACACAGAACAAAGCCAGCCAGUUUCUAAAACGGCACCGGCGCGCCAACAUGAUGUUUGAGGAGAGCAAGAAGGGUAACCUGGAGAGGGAGUGCAUCGAAGAGCUGUGCAGUAAGGAGGAAGCCCGCGAGAUCUUUGAGAACAACCUGGAGACAAACUAUUUCUACCCAAAGUAUAUCGAGUGCCUGGGAUACCAUCGUGUGGGCAUCAUUAACCAGAAUGCAAAUCCUGCGAUUUCUCAGGACCUUCGCACCUGCAUUCAAGAGAUCAGUAAUCAGUGCUUGCCUCUGCCGUGUUAUAAAGAGGGCUACCAGCGCUGCGUAGAUGGUCACGGAACUUACACCUGUUUGUGCAAACCUGGCUGGAGGGGAGUGAACUGUGAGGAGGACAUCAAUGAGUGUGAAGACCCAGAGUUUCCGUCUGGUUGUACGCAGAGGUGCAUUAACCUCCCUGGAAGUUUCAGCUGUCUGUGUGAUGAUGGGUACUACUUGCACAACAUGGUCCAGUGUAUAGACAUUAACGAGUGUCGGCUUUACCCCAGCAUGUGUAAGGAACCGGCCAGAUGUGUCAACACACCUGGAAAGUUCAUGUGUGUGUGCCCCACAGGAUACAAAUACAACUUUACCUCCCGCGAGUGCCCGGAUGUGGACGAGUGUGAGCAGAAAACAUGCCAUGGUGAGUGUGUGAACACGGUGGGCAGCUACACGUGCCACUGCAAUGGGCGCUCGGGGCUGAAGCUGGCAGAGGACGGGCACGCCUGUGAGGGAAUCCCCGAGUGUCUGCAGCUCUACAGUCAUAAGCAUGAGGAGAUGCUCUACCUGGGGGAGCAGUUUGCAGGCCUGCCCAUGAUCUACCUGCGCUUCCGACUGCCGGAGAGCACAAAGUUUGCUGCAGAGUUUGAUUUUCGAACCUUCGACCCAGAGGGUGUAAUCCUGUAUGCUGAAUCGGUCCUGGACUCGUGGUUCAUGCUGGCUCUGAGGAAUGGGUGCAUCGAGGUUCAGUUUAAGAACUCAUACUCUCUUAAGGUCACCACCGGGGGUAAAGCCAUCAGUGACGGCCAGUGGCACGUGAUCUCAGUGGAGGAGCUGGAGAACAGAAUCAGUGUGAAAAUCAGUAACGAGGCAGUGAUGAGCAUCAGCAGUCCUGGGAAUCUCUUUGCCGCUGUCGACGGAAAAGUGGAGACCAAACUCUACAUCGCCGGCUUGCCCAGCCGCUCCCACAGUGUUAUCAAACCGAUCAACCCCAGAUUAGACGGCUGUAUCCGGGGCUGGAACCUGAUGAACCAGGGGGCUUCUGGGGUGAAGGAGGUUAUUCAUGGGAGGGAGAGCAAGCACUGCUUUGUUAAUGUGGAGAGAGGAUCUUACUUCAGUGGUGCUGGUCUGAUGCAAUUCGACAUUGACUACAACUUUAAAGAUCAGUGGAGAGUCGAUGUGGUGAUGAGCAUGCGUCCAUCCAGCAGCACAGGUGUCCUUUUUGCCCUAGUCAGCAACUCCACUGUCCCUUUGUCUGUCUCUGUGCUGACACGGGGCUUGAAUGAAGCAGACCUGCAGGUGUUCUUAGACGGCGUUCCAGUCGCGACACUCAAGUCCAUAUUGCUGUGUUACCCAGAGCGCUUGGUGGUGGAAAUAAACGUGUCCGCAGAGACCCUCCAGAUUUCGGCUAACUCCUCCAGCGUGUCCUACGUCGAGGCUGAAGAGCUCAGCCAGGCUUUAGCCAGGUUUAGUGCCACCAUGCAGCAGCCGGUCCUCACCUACAUCGGGGGGUUGCCAGAUCAUCUCCCUCUGUCCUCCACUCCGGUCUCGGCCUACUACCACGGCUGCAUGGAAAUCAGUGUGAACAAUCAUCUUCUUGACUUCGAUGAAGCUGUCAGCAAGCACAACAGCAUCAGGUCCUAUUCGUGUCCCCCCGUUAACCCUCCAGACUCCUAAGGCACAAGCUUGUCCUAUCCAGGACAACGUGUUACAACCCAGGACUUGUUAUAAUACAUUAAUUAGCACAAUCACUGUUACAUGUAGUCGUGAACACUUAGGAGAGAGAGAAAGCUCUGAAGCUCUGUGAUGAUUUACAUGUCACUUAAGUGUAUGUAAACUUUUGAUCUUAUAUAUACUAUAUGUGCUCAUGUUCGCUAUAGACAAAUUAGUAUGCCCUAUAUACUAAAACACUAUAUAUACUACUCUAUUUAUUAGAUUUUUUUAUACACAGACAUUAAUAGGAACACAAAACAUACUCCUAAUUUUUUACUUUUAUUUUUUCCAUCUUGGUGGAGUAGUUUGCUCUGUAAAACGAUUGAGUUUUUAUUGUUUUAUUAACAAUUCUUAGUUUUACAUGGAUUUGUAGAAAAAA